UUUGUACCCUUUGACAUUUCAAUUUCAUGCUGAUUGUGUAAACUUUUUUGUGUAAAUUGCAUAUUUACAUUUUCCUGAAUUUACCUGAAAGGAUUUCACAAUUGUUAACUUUUGGUGAAAAUAUUUCAAUAUGUACACAGUGAUACGUCGGAAUCGGUUAAUUACUAGCUUGAAGAACUGUCAAUGCAUAAGCAAUCGAAAUGCCGGUUACAUAGUUUUGGUCCCUGAGAUUGGAGAAGAUACGCAUUCAGCCGAUGCUGUUAUGAAACCGGAUGGAUUACCAGCAUUUAGUGAUAUCACUAUUGAAAAUUGCCUGGGCGCCAUAGGACAACAGGCAGGAUUAGUGGAGAAAACUGUGAAAAGCUUAGAAAAUGAUAUCGAGCAGAAAAACAUAUCGGUUAGUAAUCUUCGAAGCAUAUUUGAAGAAUUGGAUAGAGUUGCAGGUCCUCUAGACACGACGUGGGGUAUCGCUAAAGCACUCUAUCUAGGCAAUAGCACAUUGAUACCAACUAAAUCAUACAUGAAUAUUCAUGAGCGUGCACGAAUCGCCCGUGCUUCAAAAUAUAAUAGUAAAAUUCUAUAUGAUGCCCUUUCCCAACACUCAGACAAUGUUCAAGGCGAAGAGUCACGCUUGCUACAGCGCUUCUUAUUAGAGGGCAAAUUAAAUGGUUUAACACAUACGCAAGAUAAACGAGACACCCUCAGAGACAUCCUCGUACAAUUAGGCAAAGAACGUGCAAGUUUUAAAAACAAGGUGAAUAUGGCUGUACACACAUUUGGACACGGCAUAAAAGACUUCAACUUGGUUCGUGAUUUCCCUGUGACAUUGUUAGAAGCAAUAUCGAAAGAUCCUGCUUCACCAACUCAAGGACCUUGGAAGAUAACUCUACAACCACAAAUUGUGGAGGGAUUUUUAAAAUACUGCCCUGACCGUAUGCAGAGAUGGAAUGUCUGGCAGGCCAAUGUACGAAAAGCAUCGGGACAGCAAGAACGCAGUUUAGAAAACAGUACGCAUUUGGAGGGUAUAAGGUCUCUGCGGAAACGACAAGCUAAUUUGUUAGGUUACCCCACCUACGCAGCAAUGUCGAUGCAAACGAAGAUGGUUAAAAGUGUGGACAACUUAAAACAAAUAUUUGCAAACCUAUUAAAGUUUGCCGGGCCUGCACAAUCAACUGAAAUUGAACAACUGCAAAACUUUGCGAUCGACAGCGGAUUUCAGAAUAAAUUGGAUGUGUAUGAUGUCGCUUACUGGCAACGCAAGCAUUUAAUAGCUAACCAUCAAUUAAACGAAGAAAAUCUACGCGAAUAUUUCCCAUUACCAAACGUAUUUUCAGGGCUUUUUAAACUAAGCGAGGAUUUGUUCAAUAUUCGUAUCGUUGAACGUAAGAAUGUGGAGGUUUGGCAACCCGCUGUAAAAUACUAUGAUGUUUUCGAUAAUAGUGGUGGAGUAGCACCAGUUGGUGGCUUUUAUAUAGAUUGUUAUUCCAAAGAGAAUAAGUUUGGCAAAAAUAACGGCUGGAUGGUGAGCAUACGAAACCGCAAUACUUCUGCAGAGCUUACACCCUUGUGUGCUUUAAUCUUUAACUUUACGAAGCCAUCGCAAGGCACACCAUACCUGCUUAGCUUCGAUGACCUGCAUAUGGUAUUCAAAACAUUCGGCUCAGCUUUGCAACAUUUACUUACUAAGGCACCAUACACAGACCUAGCUGGUCUUUCUAACAUUGAAUGGGACGCAUCUCAAGUAGCGGGAAAUGUUAUGUGUAAUUUCCUUGAUAAUCCAGCGACUUUAAAACAACUUUCUCAGCAUUAUACAAGCAAAGAGGCCUUAUCCGAUAAUGAAUUUCAAAAAAUUCCUUUAAUCAAGACAAGUCUGGCUGGUUUUAACCUCUGUCAGGAACUUUACUUUGCUGACCUAGAUAUUGAACUGCAUCAAUCAGAUGCAUUCUGGCUUGAUGUGGUGAAAAAGCUAUGGCCCGUCUAUCAUUGCAUGCCUCUAGAUAAAAAGGAUGCCCAUCCUUGUUCCAUGACGGAAAUAUUCUCCGGCGAUUGGGCUGCUGCUCAAUUCAGUCAUCUUUAUUCAAAAGUAAUAGCGGCUGAUAUUAGUUCGGAGUUUGCAGGUAAAUCUGAUGCUGAGGUAGCAACGACUGGGCAACGCUUCAAGGAAACAUUCUUAGCCUUGGGUGGUUCUGUGCCAACAGCAGAAGUAUUUCGCCGUUUUCGUGGACGCGAUCCCUCAGUGGAAGCAUUGCUUAAAUCUUUAAAUAUACUAAACAAAACGCAGACAACUGGUGAUAUAUAAAUGGCGUUAUAUACAUAACUACAUACCGAAUGAUUAAUGUGACACAAUCGCAUCUGUUUUGUUUUGUUUUUAGUUUAAUUAUUUGCAACAUAUAAGAAUGAAAUGAAAAUGGUUUUUAUUUAUAUUGCAUAUAUGUAUAUGUGCAUGUAAAAACGCCAGUUCAUAAUACGAUAAUUUGUAGUAUAGACGAAAAAAAUAAGAAAUGGUUUGAAAUGUAAUUGUAGAAAAGCAGCUGAGUAUUCGCUUAGUAGCAUUGUAAACCACUUGCUGCGCUCGAUCACAGCACAAACUAUGAAUUGAUAAAAUAAAUGAAGAUGUAUUUGGUUUUGUGCACACUGUGAUGGGGGAAAAAUAAACAAAAUAUUCUAAAAAAUCGAA